UAUGGCAGAGAUUGAAAACAGCCACUACAGUUGCCCUACAACCUUAGCGAGAGCUCCAUGCUCAGAAAACGCCGAUUCGAGCCUCUCUGCGUCGAAGCCUGAUGGUUUGGUGACCGGAGAGCGGCCAUACUCCAGGACAUCGGCAGAGAGAUUACCGCCGCUUUAGACGACCAUUCAAGACAGAAAGUAUCCUUCGCCAAACGUCAAAGUCAAUGCGGUCCUCGAUCAGAGAGCUGGAGCUGAUCCACCGGCCCCGCCGUCACCUCUCAUACGCUCGUUAUUAACACACUUUCAUUCGGAAAAGGACGCUUAAACACCUCCCAGCCCGAAUAAAGAGACCAGAUCCGGACUGUUUGCUCGGGCUACCCGGAUAAAUAGAGGGGGACGGCGACUCUUGCUGGAUUUAUCACUUUCAAUCAUCAUGGAGUGGUUAAUGGGGAAGGGCAAGGGGAAGCCCAAUGGAAAGAAGCCACUUACAGAAGAGAAAAAGCAUUAUCUGGAUGCAGAGUACACCAAAGUAAGAGUCGUCGAUUUUGACCUCAAGGAGCUGGUGGUGUUACCGAGAGAGAUCGACCUGAACGAAUGGCUCGCCUGCAACACCACGACUUUCUUCAAUCUCAUCAACCUACAGUACAGCACAAUCUCAGAGUUCUGCACGGGCGAAACGUGUCCUGCCAUGACGGCGUGCAAUACGAUAUACUACUGGUAUGAUGAAAAAGGGAAGAAGACGAAAUGCACAGCACCGCAGUAUGUGGACUUUGUCAUGAGCUCAGUUCAGAAGCUUGUGACGGAUGAGGACAUCUUUCCCACAAAAUAUGGUAAAGAAUUCCCCAACACUUUCGACUCACUGGUGAAAAAAAUUUGCAGGUAUCUCUUCCACGUGCUGGGCCACAUCUACUGGUCCCACAACAAGGAAACGGUGGCGAUGGACCUGCACGGACAUCUGAACACACUGUACACACAUUUCAUGGUUUUUAUAAGGGAAUUCAAUCUGAUGGACCCCAAGGAGACGUCCAUAAUGGACGACCUGACGGAGGCCCUCUGCACCCCACUUCCCCCUCAGCCACAGAACCACGUGACCGAGAGAUGAGACCCAGGGUCACGCUCUCUGCACCUGCCAAGCCGGGGUUCACCCUUGCCCCUGACAGGGAGGUGAGAAGGACUACACCAGUCACAAUGCUGCUGGGACUCAUAGACCUUCCACCCUUCCAGAACAUUGUUCUCUUUAGGACCCAGUAAGGAGUGGUCAGCCAGGCCUGCAGAGGGCAGCACUAGCUGUUUCUGCCGGAUCUGUGAGCCUAACCCUUUAACAAAGAACAUCACGAUUAUUUUCUUUCUAGCCUCUUUGAUUUCGUUUCACAAGUGGUUUCGUGCAGCGAAAGAAAGCCGCUUCGUGGUUUAUUUUGCGUCUUCCCACAUGUUCAGCCCCGUAGGACAAUAAGUACCUUUUAAGAGCGUUUGUUGUUAGUGUAACACAAAGAUGCUAGAUCUAUCGUAAUAUAGCAGCACUUUUCCCCUCUUGGUUCUUAUAAGGGUGAGAUGUUGGCCUGGUUCUUCAGAGCCUAGUGUAUGAUAUAAAGGUUUCUCUUUUUUAUUUUAUAGGGUAAAAGGGGUGUGUGUGUGUCUGCGUGCGUGUGUGUGUGUUAAAGGCUUUUGCACUCAGGAACUGAGAGAGCUGUCAAUGCUACCUGCUUACCCAUAAGCCUCUCAGUGUCACUUUACUCAUCCUUAAACAAUCCCAUCAGCCCAUUGGCCCACAUCCGUAUACUUACGGCAUAGACUUCUGUUGCGUAUUAGCAUGUUAACCACUGGAGAUGGUCGUAGGUCGCUCUCAGACAAAAAUAGCCCGUCAUUUUGAUUCUACCUAGGGUGCACGGUGGCUUCACGGCCUGGGUUCAUGUGUUUUCUUUCGAGUGACAAAGACAUUUGUGUUGUCUGCUGAAGCAUUUUUUGAAUGGAAACCCUGCUACUCAGGCGCGGGAAGCCAUGUGUCCCGUUGAAAAGUCCAAACGCUUUGACAUUUCGAGGAGUAAAGUGUCUUGGGUGCAGUAGAAUGCAGGAGAACAUGGGCUUGUAAUCAUGUCUAGACUUAUUUUGAAAAGACAAUUUCUGAAUGGAAAAGAAUGUAAACUUAGUCUCUGUGUUAUUGAUGGCAAAGAUUAUUAUGUAGGAGUGACUGAGAGAGCGAGACGAAGCGUGCAAGACAGAGCAAAAGAUGUUUUAGUUCACCCUUCAUCACUGUUAAGAGAGAGUAAUGCCAGGAUGACCUCUUUGUGAGAAGAUUGGACCUUCUUACCUUUUAAUUUAUUUCUCUUGUUUUCCAUUUUGGUUUUAGUUGACGUUUUCAGGGCUCCUCAGUUCUGGCUUUUGUUUUAUGUAUUUUAAUAAUACUUAAGUUAAAAGCGAUUUAAUAUUUUAAGCUCUGCAAAUUAUAACCUAAUAAAAUAUUUAAAAGUCA